AUGUCCAUCUACAAAGCAACGUAUUCGGGCGUGCCCGUCUACGAGUUCCAGUGUAAGAAUGUGGCCGUGAUGCGGCGCAAAUCCGACGGCUGGGUCAACGCUACCCACAUCCUCAAGGUCGCUGGCUUCGACAAGCCUCAGCGAACGCGGAUUCUGGAAAAGGAGGUCCAGAAGGGCGUCCAUGAAAAGGUCCAGGGCGGCUACGGCAAGUACCAGGGCACGUGGGUCCCCCUGGAGCGGGCCAGAGAGAUUGCCACGCUGUACGACGUUGAUUCACACCUUGCGCCCAUCUUCAACUACGACGACGAGGAUGGCUCACCUCCUCCCGCACCGAAACACAGACCCAAUCUGGAGCGCAAGAAGCGGACCAAGGUGACGGGAUCGCCUCUGGUUCGCCAGCCCAGUCGCAUGGAGACUCUCACCCAGUCAACGGGAUCCACCAUGGGAGGCACUCCACAACACUCUAGACAGUCGUCUCUCAGCCAACUGGCCCAGUCUUACGGACUGGACGACAGCGACCACGUGACUCCAUCGCCUCCCACAGUUGCUGACGAUUCGUCCGACUUCAUGUCCGAUGAAGAAGUUGACCGACAAAUGGGUAACUACCCUCGACCCAUGAUGGCCAAGCCCAAGCCAAUACAGGUACGGGACCCCAAGGAUCUGUACACCAACGACCUGCUCAACUACUUCGUGUCUGCUGACGACGAGAAGAUCCCCGCGUUUCUGGAAAACCCACCUGCAGAGUUUGAUGUGCACAGACCCAUUGACGAGGAGGGCCAUACAGCGUUGCAUUGGGCUUGUGCCAUGGGCCACCUGCGGGUGAUUGAGCUGCUGCUCAAGGCCGGAUCGGACGUGCGAGCCACCAACAUGUUUGGCCAGACACCUUUGACGAGGGCCAUCAUGUUUACUAACAACUACGACCGAAGAACCUUCCCUAAAGUGGUGGACAUCUUGCAAGACACCCUGUUUCAGGUGGACGGCCAGGGCAGAACCGUGCUUCACCACAUUGCCCAGCACGUGAGCAAGUCGCAGUCCGCGGCCAAGUACUACGUGACUAUCUUGCUGUCAAAAAUUAGCGAGAACCACUCUCUAGGCGUACUGUCACAAUUCAUGGACACGCAGAACAACGAGGGCGACACCGCCCUGCAUAUUCUCGCCCGUUCAGGUGCCAAAAAGGUGUCCCGUGCCCUCAUGGACUUCAAUGUCAAGACAGAUAUCGUCAAUGCCGACGGUCGAACUGCGCUGGAUCUGCUGGAGGGCGACAGACAGAUGCAGCAACAUCCGCCGCCCGCCAUGGCACUCCACCAUCAGCCUCCCUACCAGAUGCUGCACGAGAGCGAAACUGCCAUUGCCGCACACAAUCUUGCCGGAACCGUAGUGCACAACCUGCAAGUGCUGGCCCACGCCUUUGAUGCCGAGCUCAAGGAGAAGGACGCCGACGUGCAACAGGUGCGCCAGAUGGCCACCAAGAUGGAGGAAGACAUUGCCGCUACCAACGAGGCGAUCCGGGAGUAUGAGGCCAAACAUGGCACCGCCGAGGAGCUCGAGAAACUUGCCUCUGAGGCUGAAGAGCGUGUGACUACACGGGUGAACCAGCUACGCAAGGUGUUCGAGCGGUCACAGGCGAAGGGUCUUGCCAUGCUUGUUGCCGAGGAGGAGCGGGAGAUAUCGCGUGAACAGACCAAGGGCGAGUUCAAGACCGCCAAGGAGCUCACAGACCUCCAGCAUGGACGGAAGGAUCUUGUGGACGACGUGGUAGAGCUGUUCGCCAAUGCCGGGGUUGGCGAGAAGAUGAACGAGUACAGACGGCUGGUGGCCAUGAGCUGCGGUGUCAAGGUGGAGGAUAUCGACGGGCUUCUUGAUGGAAUCGAGAAGGCUCUGCUUGAGGGAGAGAGAUAG